AGCCUGCCGAUCGACGUGAAGAAGUGGAUUCGCUUCACCGUCCUCCAGUCCGCCACCGAUGAGCCGUCCUCAGCAGGCGAGAUCCAUCCAUUCGAGAGUGAGUUGCAGCCGUUGCCUUCCCCUCCCGAUGGCCUUUCCCGCUCCUCGUGCUCACUCGACCAGCCCUCCUGUCGGCACGCUCCUUACUCGCUCUCUGUUGGUCUGAUCCGCAACACUAUUGAGAGGGAGCAUCGACCCGACGACGUCGUCUUACCCGGUCCCUCGGAUCAGUUGAUCCAGUCGGACGAUCGUGCAUCCCGAGAUCCUCGUCGCAUCGGAGAACACUUGGAGCGCGGCACGAAACGAACCCGACGUGCACGUGCGAUCCACGAAGACACACGACAACCGUAUGGACACCCCUCCAGGCGCGUCUGCCGUCUCUUCUUGGUUGUCGAGGCCGCGAGGACGAACGGCAGAGAGCGGAGGACGGGGCGGGGCCACCGAGUGGCUGCGCCGCCGGAACCUCCCGACCGCGAGCGGCUCGCGCCGCUCCGCUCGCGACCGCCGUCCUCCGCUCCCUCCCGCAUGGCCCGCGAAUUCGACGACGUGGACUCCCCCCACAAAGCGAACUCCCUGCCCCUCCUCCACGGCGACUCCGCGGACGAGCGCCACCGCAAGCGCCACCGCCACCGCCACCCCAGCGGCCGGUCGCGGUCCCGCAACCGCUCGGGGGAGGUGGAAAAGCCCCCGAGCAAGACGAAUCGGUUGUUCGGUGCCGCUUCCAAUUCCCUCGUCUCCAUCCCCAACAAAAUCCACCUCUCCAUGCUCAACAGUGGGAUCCUUCCCGUUCCGAAAGCAGAGGAGAACCGGGCGAUCGCGGCGUUGACGAACAAGCCGGUGGAGGUGGAGAAUUUCCACAAGUACGUGGCUCAGAGGCGCAAGUACCCCGUCCUUCUCAAGGUCGAGUUCCAGUGCAGUAUCCCCAGGCAAGUACGGGUAGACAUAUCUUGGCAGCAGAUGAGAAAGCGAGGGGUGAGAGAGAAAGAGGGAACGAUCGCUCAUCGUCUGCUGGUCUUUCAGGUCCCGUCGUAA